AUGACGAUCCCAUCAACGCAUAAAGUAGCCAUACUGGUGAGACAUGAGGAUGGAGCGUACCACUUCGAAGCCAAGACAGUCCCGAUUCCCGAGAUCGGCCCACGCGAUUUACUAGUCCGGCUGUCAGUUACAGGAGUGUGUGGCUCAGAUUUUCACCUUGCAGCAGGUCACCUAGGUCCGACAUGCGACAUUCUCGGUCACGAAGGUGUUGGACGAGUUGUGAAACUCGGCUCUGCCGUUGAUCCGUCGUUCGUCAAUGUCGGCACUCGGGUUGGUCUCGGCUGGGUACGCGAUGUCUGCGAAGAAUGCUACUGCUGCAUGUCGCCCGGCGGAGAGGGACGCUGUAUGGCGAAGCUGUGUUCGGGAUUGAGGAGAGACGGCACUUUUGCAGAAUACGCUGUAGUCCCUUCACGGUACAUCAUUCGAAUCCCAGAAGACGUCCCCGAUGACCUGGUUGCGCCAAUUCUGUGCGGAGGGGUGACAGCUUACAAAGCGAUCAAGGUCAGCGAAGCGGUUCCAGGACGGUGGAUGUUGAUCUCAGGUGCGGGCGGCGGCGUUGGAGCAUUGGGCGUACAGUAUGCAAAGUCGAUGGGAUACCGUGUCAUCGCUAUCGAUCUGGGCGACGCCGAUCGCAAACGGGAGUACUGUCUCAAGCUGGGCGCAGAAGCAUAUUUCGAUGCAAGAGAAGUAGACGCCGCCAAGAUCCAGUCGCUCACCGGAGAUGGCGCUGCAGCAGUGUUGGUGAUGGCCAAUACGGGAAAAGCAUACCAAGCAGCAUUGGAUUUCGUUGCGCCACUUGGGACUGUUGUAUGUGUCGGGAUUCCAGCAUAUGAAGACAAGGUGAGCUUCCAUCCGACACUCGGCAUCAACAAAGGCGUCCGUAUCAUCGGCUCCGCAGUUGGCACAAGAAAGGACAUCUGGGAAGCUAUCGAGUUCGUCCAGCGAGGCGCAGUCAAACCAGCAGUAGAGAUGGCCAGCCUCGAUGAUCUAUCUGAGAUCGCUAAGAACUUUGGAAAGGUGAGCGAACUCGUAACUUCGGUGGCCAUAUCGCUAAGAUCGACCCAGACUUCGGGCAAAUAUGUCAUCAGACUAGGUGACGAGGCAACCGGACAACCUAAUGGGGCUUGA